GACUUUUUGCCUUAUCGACUAAUGCUUAAACUCAACGUUAUGACAAUAAAAGUUUCUCAAAGUCGUCCAAGCUUGUAUUUAUUGACCAUUUCAUAAAAUGGUUUAUUUUCUUGACUUUAUUUUUUGUAUUUGAAGUGGUGCGGUUGGAAGGUUGUCUAUUAAAAUUCGAGGUUUUAGGCUUAAGACCUUGACUGUUUAUUUUUGUAUUACUAAAUUUAAAAUUAUUCUCAGUUUCCGAGAAAAAAAAUCACAAUGAACUUUGCACAGUUGAUUUCUGACGUUUUGAGUGUUAUUACCAUUUCAUUUUGCCUUUUUCUUAAAGUACCACAGAUAAAAAGCAUAAUUAAGUUAAAAAGUGCCAAGGGAAUUAAUAUCUAUGGCUUAGCCAUGGAACUGAUGAGUUAUUCGACAACUGCAACAUAUAAUUUCAUCAAUGGAUAUGCUCUACUUUCGUAUUUAGAGUAUCCCAUAAUUAUUGUACAGGAAUACGUUUUGAUUUUCCUCGUGCUAUAUUAUCAAGAUCUUUUACAAAGAAAGACGGCAAUUUUUGCUUUAAUAUAUGGCCUCGUAUUCUUAGGAUUUUUGGUCAAAGUUCUACCAUCUGGUGUCGUAACAUUAAUUUUGCCACUGUGUACUCCCAUUUCCCUAUCGAGCAAGGCUGUCCAGUUGUGGGAAAUACUUAAACAUAUGAAUGCCGAUUCUGUUAGUGUAACAUCAUGGGUUAUUUCAGCUCUAACAAAUGCCAGUCGAAUAUAUACAGUUCUGAUGGACUCAGCGGAUUUGAUUCUACUCUCUAAUUUAACACUCUCCACUAUAAUGAGUGGUUCAAUUGCUCUCAUAUCUUACGUACUUCAAAACAGGAGCAAAGCCCGAAAGGAAUAAGCACAUUGCAACUACAAAUGUUAUGUAUUACAAAAAUACAAAUCUUAACAGUUUUACAAAUUCAUGUCUCAAAAACUUACAUUUCUAAAAACAAAAAAUAUUUAAUUAAAAAACCCUAAUAAUAAAAUCAAUAUCACAAUCCAGUCAAUUCCCUUUUGCAAUUCUGAAGAUUCAUGUUUUCCAGCCUGUUCAAUCUAUACUCCAAUUUUUCAAGCUUCUUGAAUGGGGA